AGCCUGAAAGUGUUUUUUUAGGGAGUUUGUUGUGUGUAUUACUACUUCAGAGGCAAAUCAAGUAGCUUUCAAAUCUAAGCUGAAGAACCUGAAGGAGAACUAGUAAACCCCUUUAGGGUUUUACUUUUAGUCAAAUAGUUUACAUUUCAGAGAUGCUGCUGCAUCUCGAGGACCGUCUGCAGUAAACCUGUGAGGAGAUAAAAGGUGACACUGACCAGGUUCCUGCAGGAUUUGUCUGGUGGCUGCAGAGACCGGCUUCACUUCGAGGACGCGAUCUUUUUCCACUGUUCUCAGAUCAGUGUUUUUUUUAUCAAGGAAACUUUUCUGCAUCUCUUUUUUUCGCCCAUUAAGGAACUCUUCUCCGAAAUAAAAAGGACGUUUUCCAGCAUCGCAGAGCCCCCCUCUUGAUUUUUCUAAAACCAAGACUUUCUUCUGUCGCAAGUUUCUCGUUUGUUCCCUGUAAAUAAUUUCAGGGACAUUUUUUGUCCGAGCUUGAAGACGAGACGACCGCAGAGGCUACAGACGCCACGAGGAGACGUGAGGACGACAUCGCAGGGACGUCUGCUGCCAGUGUGUGAGAGUGCAUGAGAGAGUGUGUGUGUGUGUGUGUGUGUGUGUGUGUGUGUGUGUGUGUGUGUGUGUGUGUGUGUGUGCAGCUUCAUGCAUGCUCAUGUGUCCGUGUGUCCAGAUGCCAAACUGCCACACAUCACGGCGGCGGUUCUUUCCUGUUGCUCAACACUCGAUGACUCGCUGUGAGGAAAUAAAUGAAGCAGUCGGACAUGAGAAGACCAAGUGUCAGUGAGAAGAAUCUGAAUUUCCAAAUAUUUCUGGUGAAGCUGGAGGUCGCCUCGCUCUGAUUGGAUGAUUACAGGCUGCUUUCUUCUGCAGAGUUUUGUCUUUGAGCGUUUCUGUGUCUCCAGGACGGAUCAUACUUCUGAGUUCGACCGGACUCUUCCAGGAGAGACGGGCCUCGAUGAAGUCGAUGUUUUUCAUUAAACACAAAUUCUUGAAGUUUGGAUUCAACCUUAACUGACUGCAGAGCAUCAUGGGAGAUACGGCGGCACGAUGAAAACCUGGUUCCUCACUGGUGCAGGAAGAUGCAAUUAACACAAACGCCCUCUUUCUAAAUUGAAAAUCACCAAAUGAUCAUGAGAGAAAAGAACGUUUGAAUCCUAAACUCAUUUCAUAAGCGCCCAGAAGUAUUUAUGUGCCGUCCUACGUUGGAUUAUUUAGCUUUUUCCAGACAAAUAAUAAACUCCUUCAGGCUAUAGAUUUGUUUUUUUUUGAGCGAACAUUAUAAACAUCCAGAAUCUGGAUCUCUAGUUGGACUGCUUUAUAAAAACACUCUCCGGUAACGGCUCAGACGACCCCCCCGGUGCAGACAUGCUCCCUGGAGGACUGGUGUCGGGUGGAGCGGGCCGCGGCGGCGGGCGGUGCCUGCUCCGGUGGCUGGGCCUCAGGCUGUGGUCCCGACGGGGGACCCUGCUCUUCGCUCUGCUCUGGUUCGGAUCCUGGCUCUUCCUCAACGGCCUGGUUCUGGUCCACAGGAGCAUCCUGUCCGACUACUGCACCGACGACAAGAGCAAGAGGAUCCUGCAGAGACUGUGUCUGGAGUUCGGCGAGGGUUCGGUGACGGGCGACAUGUGCGAGGACCUUUGUGUGCUCGGCCUGGUCGAGUACAAGCGCUGCCUCUACUACGAGAACGGGAAGAAGGUGAUCGAGGCGCGCUGGAGAGGAAACCCCAUCAUCCUCAAGUCCAAACUGGAGAAUUUCUCCUCGUAUGAGCCACUGGGAAUACUGGACUACCAGGACACGGCAGAGGAGCUCUCACCGCUGGAUGUGGUUUUCUACGCCACUCUGGAGGUACGAAACUCUCUGGGGCUGGCUGAGGAUGAAGAGGACGAAGAAGGAGGAGGAGGCGGAGGAGGAGGAGGAGGAAGUAACAGCUCUCUGGCCAGACUUCUGGGGAAGAAGCUGAGAAACCGAGAUAAGAGUUACUCCAGAGCGGAGCUGGCCUCACUGUGGUCUCUGCUGCAGCAGGAGGAGUACACCUUCCUCCGAGUCCUGCAGGACCUCAGCAUCCACGUGGCCAAGGUGUUGGGCUCCUGCGGUCACUUCUACGCCGUGGAGUACCUGUCCGCCGGCCACGCCUGGGACCAGAACAUCUUCUCCCUGGAGGAGGUGGCUGGAGCCCGGGGGAGGUGGACCGUCAGGGAGAAGGUGCAUCGCAUCGCGCGGAGUUUCCUGGACAUGGUGUGGCACUUUGACAACGACUUCACCCACAAACUGCACCUGUGUGACAUCAAACCGGAGAACUUUGCCAUCAGGAAGGACCUGACGGUGGUGGCGAUCGACGUGGACAUGGCGUUCUUCGAGCCGAAGAUGAGGGACAUCCUGGACCAGAACUGCAGCAGCGACGACGACUGUAACUUCUUCGACUGCUCGUCCAGCUGUAACCUGAACAAACGCAGGUGCAGCCCGCGCCGCCGCAACAGCAACCUGCAGGUGAUUUGUGAAAAGAUCUUCCGACCUUGGUUUUCUCCCACACUGCUCGGUGCCAAAGCAGGUCUCCCUCUGCAGGUGGAGCUGCAGCAAGCGGUGCAGGAGUGUUCAGAAACAGACGGAGGUGUGGAGGAGGAUGGAGGAGAGGCAGGUCAAGAUAGGGGCGUCCAUCAGCGCCUCCUCAGCAUCCUGACCCGCCUCCUCCAGGAGGGAGGGGCCUCAGGUGAGGGAGGAGGGGCCUCGGAGGAGAAAGGUCACGUCCACACUGCACUGAACUUCUGAGGUUUUGGGGUUGAAAUGCUCAUCCUGGAAUCCAACGACCCUCCUGGACAAAACCUGGACGUUUGUUUACACGUUUGAUGUUUUCAAUCAGAAUCAGAAUCCAGAUCCAACAGGACUGAGAUGGAUCAAUAUGGAUCGUUUCUGAGACAUAUUCAGGAUUAUUUCUGAUCAAACUUUAAACGUGAAUAUGUCCGUUAUGGCUUCUUAGUUCCAGAGAAGGAAGAGAAACAGUUCCUCCAGUUUGGUUUGGAAGAACUUGACCUCACCUCCAUCUAAUACCUUUGGGAUGAACUGGAUCACCGAUGUGAGCCAGACCGGAUCACCAGCAUCGAUGCUCUGGUGUCUGAAUGGGAAGCAAAACCCAGCAGCUGGUUCAACAUCUGGAGUAAAGACUGAAACCAGGAGACUGGAGCCUGACAAACCUUUGAGUACAUCUUUGGGACACAUACACAAACUAGAUUUUGUAGAUCAGAUGUUCACUCUUUGUCGUCCAGGAGGAUUUCAAGUUAAUGUGUUUUCAGAUUGUUAAAUCUCCACAACACAACAUCCAGACCAGGACUGGAGUGAGAGAGCUCAGCGACGCCUCAAGUGUCUUUUCAUCAGAGGAACCUGUUCUGGAUCCUCUGAGAGGUUUUUCUUCUUUUACUCAUCCAGUUAGUCUCAGUGAGAUAUAUAAAAAAAAAUCUCUCUCGUUUGCAGAGAGGCUGCAGUUAGAAAACAUCUGUGUACAUAAGUGUUAGCUGCAUACGACAU